CAGCUGAUAAAAAUGGCCGCUGCCAACACUCCAAAACAGUCCUGCUGUACGAGGCUUUUCGUGGCUGCCAUCGAUUUUGGCACCACAUAUUCUGGUUAUGCAUUCUCUGCAAAACAUGAAUGGACCAAAGUGAAAACCAAUAUAUGGCCAUCAUCGAACCAGAUGUCAUCGAAAACUCCAACUGCCCUGUUGCUGAAUCCGGACAAAACAUUUAACUCUUUUGGAUAUGAGGCAGAGAAGAGCUAUGCUGAUUUGGCCGAGGAAGAUGAAGAUGAAUACAAAAAUUACUAUUAUUUUCAUCGUUUCAAAAUGCUUCUGCAUAACUGCAAGAAUCUGCAUCGGAACAUCUGCAUAGAUGAUAUGACAAGAAAGAGGAUGGAGGCACACAUAGUUUUCACUAAGUCCAUAAAGUACAUUGUAGACCAUUUGUUUGAGGAACUGAAGAAAGCUUACCCAGACAUAGUCCUAGAUGAUGUCCAGUUUGUACUUACAGUACCGGCUAUCUGGGAUGACCCCUCCAAACAGUUCAUGAGGGAAGCAGCAACUGCUGCUGGAAUCAAUGCCAACCAGUUGUUAAUAGCCCUUGAGCCUGAAGCAGCUUCCAUCUACUGCCAACACAUACCAACAGAGGUGGGCGUGGUAGGCACCAGCUCAUUCCUAAGAACAGCCAAACAAGGAACCAAGUAUAUGAUUGUGGAUCUUGGAGGUGGCACAGCUGAUAUCACAGUACAUCUCAGGUCUGGAGAGGGGGUAUUGGAUGAAGUGAGGCCGGCCAGUGGGGGGCCAUGGGGAGGAAAAUCAGUUGAUGACAAAUUUGAAAAGUUCAUGAAAGAGAUCCUUGGUGAAGAAGUAAUGGACAAAUUAAAAACAGAGAAUAUGGAAGAUUAUCUGGACCUCUUUCGAGAAUUUGAGAGCAAGAAAAGAAACAUUUCAACUGUAAAGACUGGGAAAGUUCACAUGAAAGUACCCCUGACUGUAAAGAGUCUGGCAGAGAAAAAAAUGAAAAAAAAUAUGACAGAAAUAUUGAAGGAAUCUAACUAUGGGGAAUCAGUCCAUUUUGCAAACAUGAAACUACACAUGGCAAUAGAUGUAUUUAAAGACCUUUUCAAACCUACAAUUGAUGGCAUUGUAAAACAUUUAAAAGAGGUAUUCAUGGAAAAAAAUGUACAUGAUGUAGAGACAAUAUUAAUGGUAGGUGGAUUUUCUGAAUGUGAACUAGUUCAAACCGCUAUAAAAAAUAAUUUUAAGGAUAAAAGAGUGAUUAUACCAGAAGAUGCAGGACUUGCAGUUUUAAAGGGAGCAGUGUAUUAUGGCCAUGUUCCCAAAACUAUUGGGCGUCGUGUGGCAAGAUACACAUAUGGCAUCCAAAGCUGGCCUGAAUUUGAUCCAUCCAAACAUCCGGAUGCCAAGAAAGUCAUGAUUGGAACUACAGCACGAUGUAGAGAUGUAUUCUUUAAGUAUGUGACCAAAGGUGAACUUUUGACCCCUGGAUAUCGGAGGUCACAAAUCUUCCAAGCUCUUAAACCAGAUGAGGAGUGUUUGGAAUGUGCUAUUUAUGUGUCGGAUGAAGAAAAUCCAGUUUUUGUGGAUGAUGCUUCAUGUAGAAAGCUUGGUACUCUAAGGGUACCAUUGCCAAGGGUUUCAGUGGGUUGUUCAUUGGAAAUUGAGGAAACCAUGAUUUUUGGUGACACUGAACUAGAGGUGCAAGCUCGGGACAUAUACACCAACCAACAAUGUGAAGUCUCCAUUGACCUUCUAAGUAACAAUGUCGUUCAAAAUGGAAAUUAGUUACUAACAAAAUCAAAACACUUGCUUUCUUAAGAUUUUUUCAUUUUUGUUAAAAAAAAUGUGUACAGUAUAAUGUAAUAUUCUAUUGUGCCAUAUUUGUAAAUUGGUAAAUUAAUCUUUUAAUUGUUUAAUAGGUCAUGAUUUUAAUGCAAAAAGUUGGAAUGUUUCCUGUAAUUCGAAUUGUUUACAAUGAUAGGUUAGAUGAUAACCAUUCCAUGUUCUAAAAACUGUGAAUAUCUAUUACUGAAGAUACUAAAGUAUUGUAGAUUUUUAAUUGAUUCUAUUUAGCAGCUGAUUUGUUCUAAAUAUCGAAUGUCCUUGUUUUCAGUCUAGCUUAGAGUAACUGUUAUUUUUGUUAUGUGUAUAAUUGUCAGACACUUAUGUAUAGUAUGUGCUAGUAUAUUAGCACACUAAUCUUUAAUCUAGUGUUAUAUAAGAACAUACAUGUAUAUGUAGUAGAUGAAAAUGAGAACCAAUCCUAUAAAAAUCGUGCAACUUUUUAAUCAAAUAAUACAUAUGUACAGUGAUAAAUUAUCUGAAGAUAACCUGACAUGAAGUGCUAUUCUUGAACUAAGAAUAUUUAGAAAAUGAAAAUGCAACCCACGGUAUAAUACAUUUGUGUUCACUGCUUAGCUAUGGAAAGUUUUUUUGAAAUUGUUUUCACAUGUCUUUUUCUCUUCAUUUUAUGAGAGUCACUUUUCUUUGCAUUUUCCCCCCAAAAAUUUUGAAUUUCUAAUUUACUUCAUACAUUUAAAUUUGGCUCAAAUUUUCCUUACUGAUACUUUUUCAUAUUCUUUUUUUUUUUGAUAUUCUUUUGAAUUUAUUAUAUAGAGUAACCAAGAUUUGGACAUUUGACUGCCAAAUAUGAUUAACGGUUAAUUUGAUCAGCAUUAGCUUUCAGCUAAAAUUAUCAUUGUGUACUUUUUCUGGUAAUUGUGUGGUGUGUUUCAAGGUAGUGGCAUUUUAUUGUACUUUGAUUGUGUAUGAAUGACAAACAUAAAUUUUGAUUAGAAUUUUCAUUCUAGUGUAUGUAACAUACAUUGAAGUUUAUGAAUCAAAAAUUGUGAAUGUUUUCUUUUAUAUUUGAUCUUCCUAUUCCAAUGCUUUCUUCAUUUCAUGUUCAUACACAAAUGAUAAUAAAACCCGAGGUUUUAA